AUGCCCGGCAUCUACGGCGGCGACGACGUCUCCGCCAUCGUGCUCGACGCCGGCACCUCUACGUUCCGCGGCGGCUGGGCCGGCGACGACGCGCCGCGCGCCGUGGUGCCGACGCCGUACUCGUGGCUGCCGGCCGCUGCCAGCGAGGGCGCCGACGGCGAUGGCGACGAGCAGAUGGAGGGAGAGAAGAAGAAGGAGACGCGCAGGCGCUUUGUGGGAGAGCCGGGCGUGGCGUGGCGAGAGGGCGCAGAGCUGGACUCGCCGCUGCAGGACGGCAUGGUCACGUCUCCUGAGGCCUACCUGGCGCUGGCACAGCACGUGCUGACGGGCCUACUGGGUGCGCGCGCUGAAGAGCACCCGCUCCUCCUCACCGAGCCGGCAUGGGCCAGCCGCGAGAGCCGAGAGCAGAUGGCGGAGCUGGCGUUCGAGCAGCUCAACGCGCCUGCUUUCUACCUGGCCAACGCGACGGUGUGCAGCUCCUUCGCGGCCGGCAAGCCGACGUCAUUGCUGCUCGACGUCGGCGCCUCGCACGCUUCGGCAAUUCCCGUCGUCGACGGCUUCGUUCUGCGCAAGGGUAUCCGGCGUGCCGUCAACCUGGGCGGCGACGCCGUCUCGCGCGCGCUUCUCUACGAUCUUUCCGUCUCCGCUCCUGCCGGCUCGCCGCGAAGUGGCGGCCUGGUGUCCAUCGUGCCGCAGUACAACGUGCGUGCCAAGGCGGCCGUAGGUGCCGGCGCGCCCGCCGCUGCGCAGCUGCGCGACCGGCAGGCGACCGACAGCUACUCGGCCUUUGCGCGCAUGCGCGUGCUGCACGAGGCAAAGGAGAGUCUGGCGCAGGUGCUCGACCUGCCAUGGGACGAGGCGCAGGCCACACAUCGGCCCGCCCGGCCAUUCGAGUUUCCCGAUGGAUACAAUGACCAAUUCGGCGUCGAGCGCUUCCGGGCACCCGAGGUCAUGUUCUCGCCGCAGCUGUGGGCCGGCAAGGGUGACGUGCUGCCGAGCGGCGAGCAACACCCGUCCAUUCCGCAGAUCGUUCUCGAUGCCAUUGCCGCCACCGACGUCGACAGCCGGCCGACGCUGCUGCAGAACAUCGUCUGUGUGGGCGGCGGCACCUGCAUCCCCGGCUUCAACGACCGGCUGAGCUACCAGCUCAACAUUGCUGCGCCUGGUCAAAAGAUCAAGAUCCACAGCCCGGGCAACACCGUCGAGCGGCGCUACUCCGCAUGGCUCGGCGGCUCCAUCCUCGCCAGUCUGGGCACGUUCCACCAGCUCUGGGUCAGCAAGCAGGAGUACGAGGAGCACGGCGCGGCCAUCGUGCACGCUCGCUGCCGGUGA